UGAAAUCACUUUAUUGCGUAUGUUUUUCUGAAUUCUGGCUGCGCGGCGACAGUAAAAAUAAUUCCCGGCAACUUUUUUGUUUUUCCGGAGGAAUGAAAUUUUGAAUGCUUGGCGUUCCGAAGAUGUCCUAACAUGGAUGGUGCGCAGCUGCUCCUUCUGUACGGGGUCUCGCUUUUAGCUCUCGCAGGCAGCUUGCCUGCUAGCCGGAUUUGCCCGGACCUCAUUAUUGACAGCUGCCUGUGCUCGGCCGAGCGCUCCAAAGGACUCGGGAGGCAAAAACCCAGCCACAUAAAAGUCAUCUGCAAUGGAGGGGACUUAAUGGAAACACUACAGCCUUUCCUACUGCCCAACAAAACAGUCACCCUGAUUCUCAGUAAUAACAAAAUCUCACUUGUGAAAAAUAGAUCCUUCUUCGGAUUAAACUCCCUCGAGAAACUGGAUCUGAAGAAUAACUUGAUUAGCACCAUUGAACCUGAGGCAUUUUAUGGACUGGCUGAACUGAGGCGUCUCGAUCUCUCAAAUAAUCGGAUCGGCUGCUUAUCCCAAGAAAUGUUCUUAGGACUUCACAACCUACAUAAACUGAAUUUAUCAGGAAAUAUUUUUUCAACUCUCACCCCCGGACUCUUCCAAGAAUUAACAUCUUUAAAAGCUAUAUUUUUCAAUUCAGAGUCGCUCAUCUGUGACUGUAAUCUUAAGUGGAUCUUACACUGGGCUGCAAACUCUUCGGUUCGAAUUGGGGAGGAAACGCGUUGUGGGCACCCGAGUUCUGUACGCGGCCUGGCGUUCUGGUCCUUGGGAGACACACAGUUAACGUGUGAUGGCCCACCAGAAAUCCCUCUCUUUCACAUAAUACCAUCCCAGACGCAGAUCGUAUUCCGCGGAGAUCGCCUUCCGUUCCAUUGUACCGCCACCUACAUGUCUGAAGCCACCACUAUUUACUGGGUUCAUGACGGAAAACGCCUGGAAACCGAUGAGGAACGUGGGAUAUUUGUAGAAGAGAGUAUCAUACAUGACUGCUGCUUAAUUACACGGGAUCUCAUCCUGUCCAGCGUUGACAUCGAGGCGUCGGGAGACUGGGAAUGUCACGUGAAUACAACCUACGGAAGUAUUACUAAAAAAAUAGAGAUUGUAGUUCUGGAAACCAGCGCAAGAUACUGCCCCGCGGAAAGAGUUAUAAACAACAGAGGGGAGUACAGGUGGCCUAAAACGUUGGGUGGAAUCACCGCUUUCCACCCGUGCGACGGGUUCCCAUUCAGCUCAAUGUUAUACUCCGGACAGAGAACGGAGCAGAGAGCAUGGCGUAAGUGUGCCCGCACUGGACAGUGGGCAGAAGAAGAUUAUUCCAACUGCCCCUUUUCUCACGAAGUCACCAGACUUCUCCAUGCAUUUAGUCUGAUGCCGGUUAAUGGCACCAACGUCCUUGAUUAUGCGCAACAAUUAUUGGGCUACACCGGAGGAGCGUCUGACUUUACAGAUAAGAUGGAUGUCAUUCUGAUAGCGGAAAUGAUGGAAAAGAUGAUAACGUUCGUGGACCAGGUCGGCCAUCUCGGAGACGCAUUGAUUGAAAUUGCAAGUAAUAUCAUGUUAGUUGAUGAUCACAUUCUUUGGCUGGCACAGAGUGAAGCAAAGGCUUGCACCAGGAUCGUAAAGUGUAUAGAACGUAUAUCAGACGUGUCACUAAACAGUAAAGCGUCGUCAAAGGCUUCCCCAAACAUCGCACUGGAGGCUCUUAUAAUCAGCCCGGCAAGCUUCAUUGGCGUGACUUGUGUCGCCUACCAGAAAACAUCUGUAAAUUCGGAGGAAUCAUUGAUCCACGGUAAUGGGAACGGGAAGAGCGAAAGGACUCAGAAUUUAAUUGUGAAAUGCAAUUCCGGCAAUCUCAGUGGCUCCCUGCUAAACUGGUCUGCAAAAAACACCGUAGCUGUUGCUUCUCUCCAUUUGCCACGGUCUGCCUUCGCACCGUCCCUGCAAUCUGUUGAUAACUCCACUCGCAAGCUACGGGUUAUCGUCUUUCGUAAUGGUAAACUCUUUCCUAUCGCCGGGAACUCAUCGUAUGUCACAGAUGAUGGUAGACGUCGGCCAGUGGCCACGCCAGCUGUGUUUUACAAAAUAGAUGGAUACAGUUUUGGGAACCUCACCAACCCAGUGACUAUUGCCCUGAGACACUUUACGGAGGGUGUAGACCCCAUUGCUGCAUUUUGGGAUAGUGACCUUCCUGGUGGACAUGGGGGCUGGCGUGGAGAAGCCUGCCACCUAAUCUCUUCCGUAGCCAACAUUACCACCAUUCAGUGCGCCCACUUCGGUAACUUUGCCGUGCUAAUGGAUUUGAAGACGGUUCUGUCCCUGCAGCAGUACCCGGGGGAGUUCCUGCACCCCGUGGUUUAUGCCUGCACCGCUGUGAUGUUGUUGUGUCUGUUUGCUUCUAUCAUCACCUACAUUGUGCAUCACAGCGCUAUUCGGAUCAGCAGAAAAGGAUGGCAUAUGCUGCUCAAUUUCUGUUUUCAUACAGCGCUAACUUUUGCCGUGUUUGCUGGAGGAAUCAACAGAACAAAUUAUCCAAUAAUAUGUCAAUCCGUCGGAAUCCUGUUACAUUACUCUAGUCUAUGUACGGUGUUAUGGAUCGGAGUGACUGCAAGGAACAUCUAUAAGCAAGUGACAAAAAAACCUCAGCAGUGUCCAACUAGUGACCAACCUCAAUUUCCAAAGCAGCCAAUGCUCAGGUUCUAUCUGAUAAGCGGAGGGGUUCCCUUCAUUAUAUGUGGAAUAACCGCUGCUACAAACAUGAAACAUUACGGGAACGAAGGCAACGCAGCAUACUGCUGGAUGGCCUGGGAGCCGAGUCUCGGAGCGUUCUACGGCCCCGUUGCGUUCAUCGUGCUCGUCACCUGCGUAUACUUUCUGUGCACCUACGUUCAGCUGAAACGCCACCCCGAACGCAAGUACGAACUGAAGGAGCGGACGGAGGAGCAGCAGCAGAGGUUGUCGGGCGUGGAAAUGGGUCACAGCCAUAUCACCGAUGUUGGGCCAGUUUCCCAGGCGACUUGCUCGAUGAUUUCGUCUUCUCUGUUGGAAAACGAACAUUCGUUUAAAGCCCAGCUGCGGGCCGCUGCUUUCACUCUCUUCCUAUUUACCGCCACGUGGACUUUCGGCGCCCUGGCAGUGUCUCAAGACCAGUUCCUGGAUAUGAUAUUCAGCUGCCUGUACGGAGCCUUUUGCGUAACCCUUGGGCUCUUCACCUUGAUCCACCACUGUGCCAAGCGAGAUGACGUUUGGCACUGCUGGUGGUCCUGCUGCCCGUCGAAAAGAAAUGCCUACGCCGUGCCGGCCAACGCGCGCCAAAAGGUCAACAUCAACGGCGACGCUCAGGUGCACACAACCUGCAUUCAAGACUCACCGUGUCCUAAUAAGUCCCCCAUGUACAACCACCCACCGGUGGGCCACUGCAAGCUUACCAACUUGCAAGCUGUUCAGAACCACGUCAACUGCCUUUCGCCGGUCACACCGUGUUGUGCAAAGAUUCACUGUGAACAACUGAUGGAAGAUGACACUCACGUCCACGUGCACAACGAAAGUGCGUUCAGACCCAACAUGCAUGUGCACAGGUGCCUGAAAAGCAGAACUAAACCCCGUUACUUCAGUCGCCACCGGUCCGCGGCGGAGAGGGAGUACGCGUACCACAUUCCUUCUAGCAUUGACGGUAGCAUCCACAGCUCACACACAGACAGCCCGCACAGCACCCACGAGGGCCAGACGGGCCACCGAAGGGGCUGCUGCGCCGGUGGCGAUCCUUACCCUACAAUCAACCAACCGGAAAGCAGCGACGCCAGUACCGCCAUAUUUAGUUGCGGCAAAAUGCCAGAAAGUGACGCUGUGCAUCAUACGACUCACUUUGAAAUGCAUGCGCGGAGACAGUCAUACCCGUUCAACACCACGAAUCCUAGCGGUAUACUGAAAGGGAACAUGCACGAAGCCAUGAUCUAUAGCUCGGACAGUACAGGAAACAUUAAAACCGGCCCGUGGAAAAAUGAAACUACUGUGUAGUUCAUCGAUUUGUUCCAUUUGUCUAUCCACGCUGAUAAACAUGCGCUGUGUUUUUAAUUUCACCCGUUAAAUGUUUGUACGGCACACCAUUACAUUGUAACGUUGUAAAACGCUUGGCUCUGUAUUUUUUUAUGCAAAGAAAUUUACGAAAUAGAAAAACAUGGCAACUGUACGGAUACAUUGCAGAGGAUUAAUAACUUUACUUGUUUUGCAAAGGACCGCGCAAUUGAUCAAAGAGGCAAUAUCCCGAUUCGUUUCAAUCAUUGUUGUUCUUCUUUCGUUUUGUUUUAUUUGUCUGAUAAACCCCUUUGCACUUCUAAAACAAAUAGAUAUGGGGCAGUUGCGAUACAUGGGUGGUGUUUCAGGGAUAGGUAACCUCUGACACUCCAGAUGUAGCAGAAUAAACCUUUCGUGAUCCCGCGCUCUCCGGUUCCUCCGAUGUUGAGCCAUCUGAGAUGGACUGUGCCGUGAAGAACGACGGUAAGGGGACCAAUCCUAAGAAAAACAUUGGACCGUGAUCAGUUUACAGCUCGAUAUAUUUAUGAAAAUAAAUCAAUGCAGCCAGCAUUUCUUCUAUUGA